CCAUUGAAGCGGAGCGAGCUUGCGGAGCGGGGCGAGCGAGUAUUGCGGAGCGGAGUUGCGGACUGUGUCUGUCCAUUGACGCGGAGCGAGGCAGCGGAGUAGAGCGAGCGAGUAUUGCGGAGCUAGGCCGAGUUCACGAGACGAGUCAUUUGAGCGCAGGGCGGCGGGCGGUCAGUUCACUUCGCGAAAUAACGAAGAACAGACAUGUUAUCGACACAAAAGUUGAACUUUUACUACCUUGCAUUGCUUGAGGAAGAAGAGUUGGACUCUGAAGAAAUAGACACAACAUACUAUAUCAAUAAUUCUAUGAGAAGACAUAGAUUUUGGUUAAGAAAUCAUAUCAAGUAUCGUUCAGUGCACGGUGAAUAUUACACUUUUUUCCAAACUGCUGAUGAAGAAACAUUCGAAAAUUCUUAUAGAGUUUCACGACCUACUUUUCAUGAGCUGCAUUCUCUGGUUCAACCAUAUAUUCAGAAACACGACUCAAAUUUCCGAAACUCCAUCAGUAGCCGUGAAAGGUUAGCAGUGUGUUUAAAAUAUUUAGCAACCGGCCAGUCAUUUACGGGGAUAGCAGAGAAUUUUAGAAUUGGAUUAAAAAGUGUGUCAAGAAUUAUUGAAGAUGUUUGCGAUGUUCUUUGGAACGUAUUGCAACCUCUUGUUAUGCCAGAACCAACAGAAAACGACUGGAAAAAAAUUGCAAAAGAUUUUGAUGACCUAUGGCAAUUCAAAAAUUGCUUAGGUGCUCUUGAUGGUAAGCACGUAUAUAUCAAGGCUCCUUCGAAAUCUGGGUCUUCAUUUUUCAAUUACAAAAAGAGGUUUUCUGUAGUUUUGAUGUGUUUAGCUGAUGCCAGAAGAAAAAUCAUAAUGGUUGAUGUAGGAUCUAUGGGAAGAUUUUCAGAUGCAGGAAUUUUUGAUGACAGCACUUUUGGAAAACGCCUAAAAGAGAGGAGGUUAAAUUUACCUCAGCCCGUACCACUUUAUCAGGAUGGAGAGCCAAUGCCAUUUGUAUUUGUAGGAGACGAAGCAUUUCCAUUAAUGGAAAAUUUUAUGAGGCCAUACCCCCGUGAUAGACUGAAUUCAGAGAAAAGGGUAUUUAAUUACCGAUUGUCACGAGCACGUCGCAUUGUUGAAGCAACUUUUGGGGUACUGGCACGAAAGUGGUACGUGUAUCAUAAAGAUUUCGAAUGCAAAAUCGCAACAGUUGAUAAAAUAAUAAAAGCAACAUGCGUGUUGCACAAUUAUUUAAUUGACCGACAACCUGAUUUCCUAAAUAAUAAUGAAAAUUACAACGAGCACAUGUUUAUCUCAGUGGGUAAUAGAACAGACACGCAUAAUUCUAGAAACGAAGCUUAUCAAGUUCGAGAAAUGUAUUGUUCUUACUUCAAUAAUCAGGGGAAAGUUCCAUGGCAAGAUACUCGCAUUACGUCACGAAUUUCAAUGAACAAUUAGAAAAAAACCAC